ACGCGCUCCCCGUCCCCCGGCAGCCAGGGAAGGGGCAGGGCAGGCGGGGCGCGGAGGGGGCACGGCGGCGCGGGCAGGGCAGCUCCAACUGGCCGGCAGGAGGGACAGGAAGGCUCGGGUUGCCGCGGGAGGUGUGCGGGGUGCGUUCGCUUCGCGUCCCCGAGGUUCCCCCAAAUCCAGCCCGCGGUUUAAAAAUCGCUCUCUUGGCAUAAGUGCGCGGGAGCCAGGCUCACUUUAUCGCCUCUGACGCUGUCGAAAUCGCUGUGGCUCCAGCAGUAACAACAGCGAGCCCCCUCCCCGCAUCCCUCCCUCCUUCCCUCCCUCCGCCGGGUCACCCGCUCCUCGUGAGAAACCAAAGGCUGAUAUUCCAUUAGCUUCAUCUUCCCCGCUUACGCGAAAGUGAGGAAGACUUGCUAAUUAAUUUACAUACGAGGGAAUGAUGUCUGAAGGCAGGAAAAAAUACCCCGUUGCACCUGCUCCGCCGAGACUUGUCAUCUGAAUCUGGAGGAGAGCUAUAAAUCAUGUAAAGUGUUCGCGGCGGAGUCGGCUUCUUCUGAGAGCUGUAGGAUUAUGUAUCCAAACGCUGAAUUUAUAUUUCCCACUAGGAAAAGACUGAAACUCAGAUGCUUCAGAAGCUUGCUGUGUGCUUACCACGGGUUCUGCCAACCAGAGGGGACUCACCUAUUCUUUCAUUAAUUGAGCAAAACAUUAUCUUGAAAUAAUUAUUCAUCUCCACAUGGCCUUCCUACUCGUGUCAGCUUAUCUUCUGCUGACUCAUGCUCGGGGUGCUCCUGUUGAGAAUGGGGCACUGUUGGAAACACUGAAGUCACAAGUGGGAUUAUUCAGCAAUAAAAGUGAGCACUAUUCAGCACAGGCGAGACCUCCUGGCACGAGCCGACAAAUACCUCAGACAAUCAUCAUAGGAGUUCGUAAAGGAGGGACCAGAGCUUUGCUGGAAAUGUUGGAUAUUCAUCCUAACAUUGUGGUGGCAGCUACAGAAGUCCACUUCUUUGACUGGGAUGAAAAUUAUGAGAAAGGAAUAGACUGGUAUAGAAAUCUGAUGCCAUUUUCUUAUGGAAAUCAAAUUACAAUUGAGAAAACACCAGGCUAUUUUACAUCACCACAGGCUCCAGGAAGAAUUCAUGACAUGAAUAGCUCCAUUAAACUGCUGCUCAUUCUAAGAGAUCCCACUGAGAGAGUUAUAUCUGACUAUACCCAAGUGUAUUACAACAGAGUAGAAAGCCACAAGCCUGUUCAGCUCUUUGAAGAUAUUGUUAUUAAGAAUGGAGUGCUUAAUACCAAAUACAAAGCUAUUCAGAGAAGUCUAUAUGAUGUCCAUAUGGAAAAGUGGCUUAAGCAUUUCAGUUUGGAUCAGAUUCACAUAGUGGAUGGCAAUACUUUGAUCAAGGACCCUCUUCCUGAGUUACAAAAAGUUGAAAGAUUUCUAAAUCUUCCAUCCCGAAUUAUGUCUUCUAAUUUUUAUUUUAACCAAACCAAGGGAUUCUACUGCAUCAGAAGUGAUGGGAGGGAGAGAUGUUUACAUGAAUCCAAAGGGCGUCCCCAUCCUCUUGUUAACAGCACUGUUCUAGAGCAACUGUAUUCUUACUUCCGAGAGCACAAUGCAAAAUUUUACAGGAUGGUUAAUCAUUCCUUUGACUGGCAUUAACACAUUUGGGGUCAAUGUUUCUUAAAAAGGGCCCGAGACAAACUUUCGGACAUACUUUUCUAAACUGUAAAGACUCAUAUUAUGAGAAUUAGCACACUGGUUAUAUGCUUCAUUGGAACAACACAUCUGUUGGCUCAUUGAAAGGGUACUCUUUCUGUUGGGAAAAAUAAGUUUUAUGUAUUUGUAUGAUUACUGGGAGUCAUAUUCUGAUCUUCUUUCUCUCACAUGCAAAUACAUUAACUUCAGCAAACUUAGCAAAGGUGUAUCUCUACAAUAUUUCUGCUGUUUUGGAAAAAUGCAUCUAACUGUAAAAAAAUGUAAAUAUUGGAAAUAGUAUUAUUCUAACUGUUCUGUAUUUUUUGUUGUUAGUAUUUUUUUAUAUCCCACAUGAUAGUGGUGUUGAUUUAUAGAAUUUUUCAUAAAAUAAGUUUAAAUUGUAUGUUAAAAUAGGGGCAUACAUAGUAGCUCCAAUAAAUAAAUCAUCAUCUUUAAUAUGCUGAAGUACGUAAUUAAUAAUAGAAGGAAUCUAUUUCACCUGUAAUUUUGAAUAGGUGAACUAGAAGCUACCUGUCUGUAUAACAUGAGUAUUAAACCACAAUCUUACUAUCUUGUGUUUUCAAAAAAUCUCAUAAUUAAAAAUAUAAACUGUUUGAAGAAGGUUAAAGUGAGAGUUCUGAAUGUAAAGAAAUUAAAAUAUCCCAGGAACACUAAUACUCUAUACAUUAAAAUAAAAAUCAAUGCCAAAAAAUAUUAAUGAUUAAUGAGCAACAGUACAAAUAUUUGAUUGCAUAAAUUUUAUCACUUUGCUCUUGAAUGGAAAGGCUCUUAGUACUACCAUAUGAAUUAUGUUUGUACUCUGUGACUAGUUACUCUAUUGUUCUCCUGACUUUGGUUUAUAUACCUCUAUUGACACGAUUCUUGUUUAAAAAAAAAAAAACAACCAAACUUAUUUGCUUGCCCCCUGAAGCAUGGCGUAGUUUUAUUUUGCCAUUUCUGAUGCAGACCAUGGGAUAGUCUCAACAUUAAAAAAACCUCUGGUUAUGUUACAUAUCUCAGACAUGGUGUUCAGUAUGACAUACGCAGGUUAUAUGUAAGAAUCACAACCAUUUCUAGCCCUGCAUCAGGAUUUUAUUUUCAAAUUUUUUUUAACAGUAUUGUGCUGAUUUUCUGCUUUUUCAUGUAAACAUUUUAUUACAUAUCAAUACCAAAGAAGAAAAUCAACUCUGAGCAUCAAACCAAAUGAAGGUCCUGCAUCUGUGUCCUUCUACCUAAGUCACUGCUCAGCCUAAAGGAAUGUAUGUUCCUACCAUGGGAUUCUUCCACUUUCCAGACUAAGAGGUAUGUAUUGCAGGGCUGCUCUUUAGACUUUUAAUACUUUAUGAGUGGGCACUUAGGCAGGUAUUCCUCAGAAGCUGGAUAGAAUCAGACUCAGAUUAUGUAGAAGUAUCUUUCAUCAAAUAUUUUCUCAUAAAAUGUAAAAUGUUAAAAAUAAUAUAAUUAAUCUUAUUCUUUAGCAGUUCUACAACUUGUAUAUGUAUGAAUGAGAGAAAAUAUACUGUAUGUAUGAGGGCAAAUUAUUUUCAUUAACAUAUAUAAUCUCUGACAUUUUCUUUCUGAAGUAUAUUUACUACAUCCCUGAUUUUUACAGAUGGUGCAAAUUGUCUUUUAUUUCUUCCACUUUUCUGAGAUUGUGGCUUCUUAAUCAUUAAUAUUGAUCAGAUGUAGGCACUAAGAAAUACAAUGUCAAAUAAGAAUCUGUGGAAAUACAACAAUAUUUGUUUCAAAUUAGUCAAGGAACAGAAUGUUUAUGCUGGUCUUCUACCAUCUCUACAAGGACACUGGGUAGGCAAACUGUAAUAAUUACAGUUGUGCAGUCUAACUGUAUCUUCUUGUCUUUUGUCAAGUAAAAAGCUGGACCAGAAAAUGUCUGAACUCUGAAUUUACAGUGUGAUUCUAUAUCAGAAUGGCUCUUUAUAUUUUGUGGGCACAGCACUUAGGUCUGAUAAUAGAACCCCCAAAUCCAGAUUCCCAGUAUUGUCUGGCAUGGCUGGUUCUUUCUGAUCAAUGCAAUCUCAGUGAUAAACAAAAUUCCUUCCAAUUUCAGAAAUACAUUUUCAAAGGGAGCAACAUAAAUGCAGCUUUUAUUGGACAAAAAUAUAUUACUUUCUGUUUCUUACACAUUCUGAAAAUCUAUUUUUCCUUUUUUUUUUUCUUACAAGAAGCAAAUUUGAAAACAAUGUAUACUUUAAUAAAAGUUUCAGGUAGAUGCUAGUAAUUGAAAAACUCAUAUAUGUAUAUGCCACAUUAAAUUUCAUAGUCUUCCAAGAAAAAGGAAGGGAGAAAAUUCUAAUGUCUUUCUAUAUUUAUGCUUGCAGGCAUCAAGUCUGUCUCUUUCCUCUCUGAAGUUUACAGCUAAUCUUUAAAUGAGCUGAAUGCAGGAGCACCAGUUAGCAGAAGCUGUAUGCAUCUUUGAAAAUGCAAGUCCCUUUCUGGAAUUUACAUUUCAAGGAGAGCUGAGUUGUAUGGAUUAGUGAUGCAUAUAUCUGCUUGAUUUGUUAUCACUCCUCAUUCCUGUUCAGCAUUUUGGGGAAGAACAGAGUUGAUGGAAUUAAUUUAAUAUUAUUUUAGAGUUUACUAAUAUCAUGAGAAGUAUAUUAAGUAUUAAUAAAUAUAUGAAUAUAAUCUGGGUGAGGGGUUGGGUUGGUUUGGUGUGGUUCUAUGUAAACCAAGAUUCUCACCAGGAAUUUUGUUUUGGUAAAUGGUCAGAAAACAUUCACCUUCACCUCUGCAAAACAGAGGUUAGACUGUGUUUUUACAUUGCAAACUUUCAAUCAGUUUCUCAUUUGUGGUCUGAAAAAUAUUCUUUCAUGUUGUCCUGACCUUUUUCAUUCUGACAGUCUUUAAGAAAACCCUCCUUCCUUUAUGCUCAGGAAGGGAAUCAGAUCAAUUUAGUGUACAAUCCACUGAGCCAUACUUGAGUAAUAGUAAAAUAAAAAGUACUCCGUUUUUGAAGCUUGGAAUUCAAAAUUAGUCAAUUUUUUGGGAAGACCUGAAGGCUUACAAUCAGUAUGCAGAUGUUAUUAAUGAGACAGCUCACAAUUUAAGGAAUUACAUAUAUCUCAUUAAUUUACACAAUUGAUAGUAAACCAGAAAUUACUUUUCUCUAAAAGAAAUUAUCAUCUCAUUAUCUCAUACUCAAGUGUUGUAUGCAAAAGUAAAUUUCAUGUGGGAAGGUCACUUGAAGAAGUCAUGCAGAUGUUUCAAAGGUCUUUGGGAACAUCAGGAACAGAUGAUAAAAUUACAUGUGCAAGACUACUGCAGAAUUUAUGAUGGUUUGACCAGCUUUUGAUGUUGUUUUACAUUCCAGAAAUACUAAGCUUUCACUUUAAAUAUUGUUCCUUUCCUUUUUUAGUAAAAAUGCCAUACAGUUACAGUGAAAUUGAUCUAAUAUUACAGAGAAUUAACCAUAUCAAGCAGCUGUAACUGAAUAAGUUUAGCCCCAAUAAGCAGCACACACUUAAUGUCUAGAUGAGUCUAAUAUCACCUCCUUUCUAUUUUUUUUUUUAUUUUAUAUAUUACCUAUAGUACAUAAAGAAAAUUACUGGGAAACUUAAAAGCCCCCAAAACUCCUAGUACGGAAGUUCCUCCAUUGCACUCUAACCCAUUCUUUUACCAGGAAAAGGGUUGGAUUUUUCCAUUGUCCCCCCUCUAUCCAGGUGCUCAAAAGCCUUGGAGCCUGGCUUCUGGUCUUUCACAACUUAGCCUUGAAAGCCUAGCAUUUAGAGCCCCUCUUAAAGGACAGCUGUUAAAGCAGAGACAUUUUUAUAUUGUGAACUUUACGGAGGGCACACACAUUGCAUUCUGCUCCACAUCAGCUCCUUUACUAUCCUCUUGACGCAAAACUGAUAUUCCUAUAAAGAUUAUCUAUUGAAGACCAAUCAGAUUGACUACUGUAGGGAAGCUUAUCCACAUAAGGAUUUUUCUGGCUUUGUGCUCAUCAAAAAGAAAUUUUAAAAUUAAAUUGUUUAUAUCAAAUUUGACUUCUUAUUGCCUUUGUCAAUUCAGAUGUUUUUGUGAGUUGGGAAAAAAAUUAAUAUUUUUAUAAUCCAUAUAUUUUCUUGUUUAAUUUAUGUGGUCAAAACCAAAAAUAUGAUUUAUCGGUUUACUUACACAAUUUAACCAAAAAAAUUAAAAAAGAAAAAGAGAGACUUACUCCCCAAAACUUUGAUUCAUAGUAAGAAUUGCACAAUAACUUUUCCCUUAUGAGAAAGGAAUAUUUAAAUUAUUAAAGUAUUAUGUUAUUAUGGAUUAUUAUUUUCUGUACUUGCGGAUUUAGUCUUAAUUUCUUACAAAAGCUUGAAUUUUGUCAAAAGUAUGUAGACACACUGGAAAUAAAAUCAGUAAUAAUUUGCCUAGAACAUUAAUCAUUGCCAGCUGUUAAUGAACAAUUUUUAGUUACUGGUCAAAUAGUUUCUACUUUGAUUAUUUCAAGUUUCAAUGUGACUUUAUAAAUUGUUUUGCUAUUUUCUAAAACUAAUUUAACAGUUACAACCAAUGGUGGCUAAAAAGACUCUGUAGUAUCAUUCUGUGAUUACAGAGGAAUUGUAUUGUCUUGUCUUUAAGGUUAAUUAACAGUGACAUGAGCUUACCACAAUUUCUGAAAACGUUUUGGAAACCAAGACACUGACAGAACUGCAAUGUAUAAAUUAGUCCUUGAAGGUGAAUCUGCUACUUAGGGGAAAUACAAUAGAUUAAAACAGAAUGAUAAAAAUUGAUAAAAAUAGAUUUCUGUGAAGAUAGAUGUGAUGAAAAAUACAGACUCUCCUGUAUUAGCCCAUGUAACAAGUACUGUG